CCGUAGAAGAAGAGCGACAGGCGGAAGUUGUUCAUCAUCGGGCGCCUUUCUUCAAAAACAAUCACAAGAACUGCUGCAUAACAGCUUUAUAAGAGACACGAAGGGACCUCACAGCGGGUAUCUGUGCGCCUUUUUUCCACGCUACAAUGCCUCUCUCCACUCAGUCGCAAGGUGAUGACGAACAGUACGUUUUAGUGGCGAAUUUGGACAAUGCUCGCAAUCUUUCCAACAUCCUGAAAGCAAUCACCUUCAAAGAUCACGCCAUCUUCACAGCUACAACCAAUGGCCUUAAGGUCACAGUGGAGGACUCGAAAUGUCUGCAGGCCAAUGCCUUCAUCCAGGCUGAGAUCUUCCAAGAGUUCACCAUAAGAGAAGAUCUGGUGGCUUUUCAGAUCAACCUCACUGUUCUCCUCGAUUGCCUCAAUAUAUUUGGUGGAACCACAACACCAGGUGUAUCAACAGCCUUGCGGAUGUGCUACAGGGGGUAUGGGUUCCCUCUGACGUUGUUCCUGGAGGAAGGUGGUGUAGUGACCGUGUGCAAGAUUAACACGCAAGAACCAGAAGAACCGAUUGACUUUGAGUUCUGCAGCACUAAUGUCACGAACAAGGUGAUCUUGCAGUCAGAGAGUUUGAAGGAAGCCUUCUCUGAACUGGACAUGACUAGUGAAGUACUACAGAUUACCAUGUCCCCCAGCCAACCAUACUUCAGGCUGUCAACAUUUGGGAAUGCUGGAAAUGCUCAUUAUGAUUACUCCAAAGACUCGGACAUGAUGGAGCUGUUUAAGUGCACCGAGACACAAACGAACAGAUACAAGGUGUCCCUCCUGAAGCCGUCCACCAAAGCCUUGGCUUUGUCCUGUAAAGUCUCCGUCAGGACAGACAACCGGGGCUUCCUCUCUCUGCAGUACCUGGUCAGGAAUGACGACGGACAGAUCUGCUUCGUAGAAUAUUACUGCUGUCCCGAUGAGGAGGUGGAAGAGAACUGAGAACACCAGAUUCAAAUCUGACUUGUAAUAAGCACCUUAACUACACACCGGAGGCCAGUUUGCCAGAGGAGGCAGGCGCUUCCGUCUGAAUGUCAGCGGGCCUUUCCUCAGCCGGUGUCAGGAAGACAUCCGCUGUAACGUCACUUUCCAGGUCCUCCUUCGCAGACGUCUUCUUUCCUUUCUGCAUCUCCUUUACCAUCUGCUUCUCUCGCACUUUGGCUGCCGCUGCCAGUCGCAUCUCUCUCCGGUGCUGCAGGAGCAUACAGAGAGAUGUUCGAUGUAAGAACGUUAGUACAUCAGGAACAUUAAUUGUAACUUCAGCUUUCGUGCAAUGGAUUUUUACCAUGUUAGGAGAACGGAAGUCUGGGUUUUCAUAGAGCGUAGGCCCCCCAAAGCUCCCCUGAAAGAUCUUCAUGAGGUUAAGAACAAAGCGAGGCCCAAUCUCCACUAGAGAGCCAUCUUCCUCAAUGAUCUGAACACAGCCAGAGGAAAAUAAGAAAUAUUUCAUUCGGAAUCCGCUCAAGCCAGGGAUAAAAUAUCAAAUGAAAUUUAGAAAAGUGUGGCGGAAGAGUACCUGGUAGUUUCGAAACCAAAUCCUGUUGUCUGCAAUGGUGAAGGUGAAAACAUGGUCCACAAAAGGCUGACUCUUAGGAUGGUAGCGUGGGGUGGAAAAGGUCUACAACAGAAAAACCGAAUGAGUUCAGUCAGAAAAUACAAUUUGUUCAACUCUUCAAGGAAAAAAUGUUUAAAAAAAAUCACAUCUGCUCCGUUCUUUACAGUAAAAACAUGAUAUGUAAUCGGACUUUAGACACAAAGUGUCAAAAACUGCAGUCACAGUUUACAUCCACGCUGUCCUGGAAACGCACCUGGAUGAAGAGCUCUUUCAGUAAAGCAUAGUGAGGCUCCUUGUCGAAUUUCUGUGGAAGAAAAUAAAGAGCAAAAAUAAAAACUUCAGCUCUUGCCCAGGUGUUUGUUCUUAAAUUCAACUUAAACACAAAAAAAACUUUCACUAUUCAGAUCACAGACCGAGAAUUUUGUAUCAGAGUGAAGACAUUGUGCAGAUUUUUGUGAUGCUAUUUGUAGGGAUGGGAAUCGAGAACCGGUUUAUGUAGAAAACCGAUUCCCAGAAGUCCAAUUCCUUGGAAUUGUUAAGUUAUAGAGUAACAUGAAAGUAAUGUAACGAGUACUGUAAGGAAUUAUUUUUUCCAGGGAGUAAUUAAGUAAUGUACUGCAUUACUGCAAGAAAAGUGUUCUGUGUAACAUGCACAAACAUUUAACCCACAGCAUGCAGUUAAUUUGCAUGAAGGUAAUUUCUAUAUUGCUUCUUGGCAAAUGUGGUGACUUUCAAAACGGACCCAAUGACAAUCGAUAAGUAAUCGAAUCGAUAAAUGAUAUUGAUCUCGGAAUCGCUAAAUUCUUACCAAUUCCCAUCCCUAUUUCCUGGACUACACUAAACCAUAAAUAUCUGAUGUGGUGUUGAUGAGACUCAUAGUGCAACAAAUUCAGAAUAAAGACAUACUGAUUAUAAACUAA